AUGGCCUCGCGGAAGCUCGACGCGGCGCGAGAUUACUCCACCGACAGCGACCUCAAUAUCGUCUCCACACGAACGCGCGUAACCUUUUCUGACGAUGAUGAUAUUAUAGCCCCGCCGAAGAAGAAGCGCAAGUGGACGGAGAGAAGACGACCCAAGCAGGUCGGCGGCAAGAAGAAGGUCGCGCCGAGAGGCUCCAUGGUGGGCCUCAAGAAGACGAAAACCACCCACACGCGCACAAGAGUCUCCGAGAGCGACGACGACGACGAGGACGAACCACCAGACGAGCAGUUGCCACAGUACCUCAAAGACCGAAUGAAGACCAGAGACGACCUCCAAAAUGAAGGCGCUCUCCUACCUCCCAACUACGACGACAUUGACUUCCCCCAAGACAUGUCCACACUCAUUGAGAAGCCAGAUCUACCUGGACUCGAGCCUCCGCGACCCUACGAAGACACAUAUAUUGGCUGGAACACCGCCAUAAUUCCCGCACCAAUCGCGCAGUAUCUGAAGCCAUACCAAGUCGAAGGCGCAGAGUUCCUCUACAAGAAGUUCCUGUUUCAAAAGGGUGGCAUACUAGGAGACGACAUGGGCCUGGGCAAGACAAUACAAGUGAUCGCAUUCCUGACAGCGGCGUUCGGAAAGACAGGCGACGAGCAAGAUGGCAAGCGCAUGCGUAAGGUGCGAAAAGUGGACGACAGAUGGUAUCCGCGCAUCCUCCUGAUCUGCCCCGGCACCCUCAUGGCAAACUGGCAGAGCGAGCUCGACCGAUGGGGAUGGUGGCAUACAUAUCUCUUCCACGGAACUGCGACCGAGAAGCAAUCCGCGCUCGAUGCCGCCGAGAAAGGAUACCUCGAGAUCAUGAUUACGACCUACGACAGCUACCGCAACAGCCAGGGUGCAAUCAACACCAUACGCUGGGACUGUGUCAUUGCCGAUGAAUGUCACAGAAUCAAGGAGCCCAGGACAGCAAUUACCAAAGCCAUGUCGAACGUCAACGCUCUCUGUAGGCUGGGACUUAGCGGUACCGCAAUUCAGAACAAAUACGAGGAACUCUGGGCGCUGCUCAACUGGUGCAGUCCUGGGGCACUAGGACCUAUGGUGAGCUGGAAGAACACGAUUUGCAUGCCUCUCAAACUAGGACAAAGCCACGAUGCCACCCUCUCACAGCUCUCAAAAGCCAGACGCAUCGCAAACAAGCUGGUCAAGCACCUGUUGCCUCAGUUCUUCCUGCGCCGGACGAAAGCACUCAUUGCGCAUCAACUGCCAAAGAAGAGCGACAGAGUCAUCUUCUGUCCCCUUACUCAGGCACAAGCAGACGCAUAUAACAAUUUCUGCGACCACGAGCUUGUGCACACCAUAAGAGACUCGUCGAAGCCUUGCUACUGUGGUUCCGGCAAGAAACAAGGAUGGUGUUGUGUUCAGGAAGUCGAAGACUUCGGACGAUGGCAACUGUACCCAUUUCCCGUUCUCGCUACGCUGCAGAAGCUCUCUAACCACCUCGGUCUGCUAGUACCUUCAGCAGAGGAAGACAAAGAGAAGCAUGAUAAGGAGAAGCAGAGACUUGAGAUCGCCAUGCCUGGAACGUGGGAGAAGCUUUACAACAACCGAGACAACCUCCUCACCUACGCAAAUACUGAGUACUGCGGCAAAUGGAAGGUUCUGAAGAAGUUGUUGAGGCUCUGGCACGACAACGGCGAUAAGGUGUUGAUCUUCUCACACUCGGUCCGCUUUCUGACGAUGUUACGCACGCUCUUCAACAACACCGAUUACAACGUCUCAUAUCUGGAUGGCAACGUGCCUUUCGAAGAUCGUCAGCCGACGGUGGAUGAGUACAAUGCAGAUCCGUCCCAAUUCGUCUUCCUCAUCUCCACGAAAGCUGGUGGAGUCGGCCUCAACAUCACGAGCGCAAACAAGGUUGUUGUCAUGGAUCCGAACUGGAAUCCAGCGUACGAUUUACAAGCGCAGGACCGUGCCUACCGCAUUGGACAGACGAGAGACGUCGAAGUAUUCCGCUUGGUAUCAGUUGGAACAGUUGAGGAGAUCGUAUAUGCUCGCCAGAUCUACAAGCAGCAGCAAGCCAACAUUGGCUACAAUGCCUCGGUCGAGCGGCGGUACUUCAAAGGUGUACAAGAUCAGAAAGACCAGAAGGGCGAGAUCUUCGGCCUCACAAACCUAUUCGCGCCCGUCAAGGAGAACGUGGUGCUGAGGGACAUUGUCAACAAAACCAACAUUGCCGAGACCCGAGCUGGAGUGGAAAUCACCGGGCUCGAUUUUGAGGCAAGUCAAGAAGACGAAGAUGAAUCCGCGCCAUUCAAUCCGAAGGAAGAAGAUGCGGCCAUGAGCCAGCUCGCGGCGGAAAUCAUCGACGAACCAGGCGCACGACGCCAAGCCGCGAAAGAGACGGCAAAGAAGAAGGAUCCAGUACAGGCUAUCCUCGCAUCAGCAGGAGUCGAGUACACACAUGAAAACGCAGAAGUCAUUGGAACUUCGAAGAUUGAGACAAAGAUCUCUAGCCGAGCACAGAAAGCCGGCAACGACGUGGAGCACAUCAACGAGCUUGCGUUCGCGCGAGGCCUGGAGUCGCAAUCACAGCAACGACCAGGUUCGGAAUACGUCUACCGACCACAGCAGCACGGAGCCUCCAUGGCUGAUGAUGAUGAUGAUGAUGAUGCUGUUGAUCUUGACGAUGGACUGGGCAAGGUGCGCUACAAGUACCGCCCGCCAGUGGACGUCCGCAAGCGCCAGUUCUGCACCAUGGCGAAAGACUUAGGAUACGACGAUGUGACAGAGUUUGCGCUGGUAGUCGAAGGAUGGACGCAGGAAGAGCGGCGGAACUGUCUCGAGAAGUUUUACCUGAAGCGCCGUGCUAAAUUGGCCGGGCAGCGAGUUUGA